GUGGUCUUGGUGGUACGUCUCUACCUAUUGAUCUGAGGAUAAAAUCUUCCAACGAGGGUGUUAACAUUGAUGACCCUGAUGUCAGCCUAAGAUUUGAUAUUAUACCUCGUUUGAUCAAAGAUCUUAUAGAUAAAAGGGUUAUACUUGUUCGAGCGCCACCCUUCUCCGGUAAAACAUCAAUGGCCCAAAUUUUGGAGCAUAACUUGGUUCAUGCACCAGAAUUUUCAAAUUACAGAAUAAUAAGAGUUUCGAUGAUGUGGGGACAGGAUGUAGGCGUGAACACCUACUUCGAUUCAUUUAAUAUGCUAUGGAACCGAAUUAUGGGUAUAAAUUGGAUCGAUUGGAUAGGGCAGUGCAGAUUUAUUAAAACUAUUUUGAUAAUAGAUGAAGCUCAAUUAAUCUACAGGAGAGAGAAAAACGUUGAUCAAAAUAAUAAGGAAUCUGCGGAUCAAUUCUGGUUGACUGUUAAAGGUGCCCUUCAAGAAAUGGCAAAUAUAAAGAUUAUUAUGUUUGCGGCCUAUGGAUAUAGAAGUUCUAACUACACAGGACUCACCACCCCUGUCGCAUUACCGGAAUCAAAUUGCAAAAGUCUUAUUGACAUCAAUUUUAAGCGUGACGAGUUAAAAAAGUAUAUUGAAAAGUUCUGUGGCAAUUACUUCAAAAAUUUAGAUCCACCAAGCGUCUCAAAAUUAUAUAAAUAUAUUUGG